AUGCAGACAUCACAUCCACUGUGUGUGUGACUACCAAUUGAACAAUUCACACAGACGCACACGCUCACGCACACACCCUCACAUUUGCUGCUGUCGGUGACGGAAUUUGUCUCAGCGGGAUCCAGUCGACAGGUGGUCGUCAUUUUUAGAUCCUCUGUGACCUCACACGCCAAUACACAAAUUGCGUAUGCCCGCGGGUAUGUGUGUGCGGGUGUUUCUUUUAUAUUCGUGGGUGUGUUACAUUCUGUGCAUGAAUAUUUGUGAAUUGCGUGUCUUUGGGAAUGUGGUGUGUAUGUGGUGGUUUGUGCUGCCUUUGUGUAAGAGUGUGCGUGGUUUGUUUUUGAGAGUGAAUCGUGGAUGCGUGUGGUGCGCUUGUGCAUAUGUGUGUGACCACAUUUCACAUCUCACAUGGCCCCCCCUCCCCUGCCACGCCCCAUCCUGUGCUUCUAUUUAAAGGGCCCCCAAGCGGGCGUCUCACCCACUGACCGAGUGAGCGAGCGACGAGCCGGAAGGCUUGCCACCGUUUGCGGGAAGAUCCGGAAGCUGACCCGAAAGGAUCGUCAGGCUUUAGCAACAGAUUUGCGACAUCCUCCGCCAUAUCUCUUAGAUCGGGACGAAGCGGGCUCGGGCGGCGUCCCUCCUGGAACGAUGAGCGGCCCCCAAACGGAGCCCCCCGCGUUCAAACGCGCGGUGAGAAAAAUCCGAUGCGCCGCCAUGGUGGCCAGCCUGGCCAAGAGUUGGCAGGGUUGGGCCAACGAGCACGCCGACAAGCAGGACGCCGCUCCUACCGGGUGGAUGCCUUGCUCAACGGGCCAGAAGGACGCAACCGAGCGGCGCCCUGUGGACAAAGUCGCGAAACCCAGGAAAAUGGACUCGAGUGACGCCGAUCCCAUCCGGAGUGUUUCCAUCUCGAAAAGCGUUCAACCCAAACUGAGCGAGUGUGGCGCGGAUCUGGUCAAUGCCAUCCGCGGGAAGAUGGAGUCGGGUCCCGAGGAUAGCAAGCCCUUCCUGGGUAACGAGUCGCCCACGCGGCGGCGCCACAUGAGAGCGCUGCAAGUGAGCGGCGCAGGCGGGAGUGGCAUCAUCCACGAAAGGAAGUUGAUGCUGCAGGACAGGAAGUUGAGCUCCAGUAACAGCAGCCUGGACACGGAGGACAGCGGUUUGGGGGACGAGGUGGUGCCCGGAGACGGCGCAGACGCCAAGAUGGAAACGACCAAUGUCAAGUGUAAAAAAGUUGGCUGCAGGCCCACGAUUAAGAUCACCACCACGGGUGACAUUAAGGGUCGCUGGCAGCAGUGGUCCGAGGAGCACACGGAGGGCCAGAAACUCAAUCCCUUCAGCGAAGACUUUGACUACGACUACGCCAUGAGCCUGCGCCUGCGCAAGGGCGACAGCGGUUACGGGCGCCCCAAAGAAGGCUCCAAGACGGCAGAGCGGGGCGACCGUGCGCACAAGCAUAUCCACAGGGAGAUGGAGGAGAUGGUGUGGAUCAUCCGGGACAUGGGCUUCCGGGACGGCGAGGGCCGCGCCACAGUCACCUUCGGGCGCCUCUUCGACCGCUACGUGAAGAUCUCGGACAAGGUGGUCGGCAUCCUGCUGCGCUGCCGCAAGCAUAAGAUGCUCGACUUCGAGGGCGAGAUGUUGUGGCAAGGACAAGAUGACCACGUGGUCAUCACCGUGAAAGACUGAGAUCGGUUUGGGAGCCACGCGGCGGGCCAGCGGACAUGGCGACACUUCAUCGAAGGACUCUGUUGGAAAGGUCGCCCUUGCCAAUGUUGGCCGAGAAGGUGAAGAAAUCCAUCCCCUGUAUGAACUUCUGUUUUCAGCUCGAUUCCACGUCUGUGGGCAUUUAUCGAGCUCGGAGAAGGAUGUGGAUUAGACAGUUGGAAACGGAAUUGGAAUAAACACAUUUUUCGUGCUAUCUUUUUUUUUUUUUUUUUUUUAAUCCAUCGUACUUUAUUUAAUCCAAGUCAAAAAUGUGGUCAUGUGCAUCCAAGUAAAUAAACAAGUCGAAAGAAAAUGACUUGAGUUAGCAAUCACUUGUUGACUUUAUGUAUUGAAUAAAUGUGAUGCUUCUGAUCAUUUUCUAAAUGUCUUUUUUUAAUUUACUUUUUCAUUGAUGUUCGUCGUGGGAAGCUACAUGUUCACCUUGUGCUGAAAUCAAACCCGACAGGCCUUGACUCUAACAUUCAUGUGAACAAUUUAAGGCUUUGCCCUUUUAGGAAAAAAAUGAAUCUAAGAAGACAUCAUUAAAACGGGAAGUUGACAUGCCCCAUUAUGCUUGGCCGAGGUAACAAUUACGAUUAUGUCAUGGGAUGUU